GGCAAUCUCCUUUGUUCUUAACAGAACAAUCUCAAAUCCAAAAGCACCACCCAAUGGCAAUCGAAAACGAUACAAACAAUCAACACCCGAAGAGAACCAAAGAAUUUCCUCAAAUCACUAUCACCACCAAUCUAAACCCAGUUUCCAAUCCAAUGCAAAACCUUCCGCACGAAAUCAUUGUAGAAAUACUCUCAAGACUCCCCGUGAAGUCACUCUUACGGUUCAGGUGUGUUUCCAAAUCAUGGUGUUCUUUAAUUUCUAGCACACAAUUCGCCAAAACCCAUCUCGAUGUAUCAAGCAGAAACAAAGAUUAUGCUAAUUGUAGACUCAUUUUCAGUUCUGUUCGCCCUCAUUUUGAUCUCAAAAGUUGCUCUCUUCACUGUCUAUUGUAUGAACCCUCUGUUAAUGCUAUUGAGAUGGAUUAUCCUAUGAAAAACCCACAUCAUGCAGUUUGGAUUGUGGGUUCUGUUAAUGGGUUAGUGUGUAUAGCUAUUGAAGAAGAUAGUAUAUUUUUGUGGAACCCAUCUACGAGGGAAUCGAAGAAAUUGCCCAAUUUGGGCAUUAAAUUGAAAUAUGGUUGUUAUAUUAUAUAUGGGUUUGGUUAUGAUGAGAUUAGUGAUGAUUAUAAAGUUGUGGGGAUUUUCUGUGUUUUUGGUAUUGGGGGAUUGUAUGAGACUGAGGUCAAGGUUUAUAGUUUAAGGACUGACAGUUGGAGAGGUAUUGGGGAAUUUCCUGGUGGUAUUCCUUUAGAUGAUUCGGGUAAGUUUACGAAUGGGGCACUCCAUUGGGCAUCAAGUAGAGAUAUGAGAAUGGAUUAUUGGGUGCUCGUUUCUCUUGAUUUAGCCAAGGAAACGUUUGGGGAGGUGGCACAACCUAAAUAUGGAGAUGGUGAUUUUAGUUUGACAUUAGGGGUUUUAGGAGGAUGCCUUUGUGUACUUUGUGAUUACCGUGGAAUUCAUGCAAAUGUAUGGCUAAUGAAGGAAUAUGGAAAGAGAGAGACUUGGACAAAAAUCGCAACUAUUCCAUAUCUUCAAGAUCCUGUGAUUUAUACAAUACCAUUGUGCAUUUCCAAGAAUGAUGAACUUCUGCUCGAAUUGAGGUCUUAUUUAAGGUUGUACAAUCCAAAGGAUGAUACGUUCAAGUAUCCUCGGAUUCGUAACUUUGGUACCUGUUUUGAAGCCAAUACCUAUGUUGAAAGCCUAAUUUCAUUCAAUAUUGAUGAUGCGGCUGAGGGGCAGCAACAAUAACAAAGGAAAAUAGAGCAAGUAUACAUAUGUACAUUGAGGCAGUGGCUACCUUAGCAAGGGUAGUGAGCCGGUUAGGGUCAACCUGGGUUUGGUGUAUUGUGAAGGGCAACAAAGAGAGCAUAUGGAGUAUUGUGUGCUAGAGACGGGCACUCUUUAUACUAAUGGAGUAUUGAAUGUAAUGUGCGUUGCGAUUGAUAUAUCUUAUGUAUUUGUUUAAACAACUAGACACAUUGUGAAUUUGGAUUUAUUGAUAUGUACGAAAAUAUAUAUUUUUAAUUUCUAGGUUUAUUUUUGUGCGUGAAUGUAACUGAAUUGUUUGAGUUUGUGUUUGGACUUUGGAU